AUGAUUCCAUCAGAAACUGCAGCAACUCACUAUUUUUCUUCAGAAAAUCCUUCACUUCUGCCUCUUGACUUCAAUUUCAUGCAAAACAGUUCACCAUCACUCCACUUUAGUAGAUACUUAACUAAUAUUCUACCAAACUAUCCUGUUAAUGACUUCAAUAAUCUAUUACCAUCUUGCAUCAGUGGUAACUCUACCUCUGAUGAAACGGAUGAGCAACAACUUAAGAUCAUCGACGAGAGAAAGAAGAGGAGGAUGAUAUCUAAUCGAGAAUCAGCAAGAAGAUCAAGGAUGAGGAAACAAAGACAACUUGAUGAGUUAUGGUCACAAGUUCUUCGUCUUAGAACGGAGAAUCAUAAUUUGAUUGAUAAACUUAAUCAUGUCUCGGAAUGUCAUGACAAAGUCCUUCAAGAGAAUUCACAGUUAAAGGAAGAAACUUCAGACCUUCGUCAGAUGCUUACUGAUCUCCAGUUUAAUAGUCCUUUCCCUGAUUUAUGUGACCUCGAAGAUGUUCCUUGCACCACUGCUCAUCUUAAGGCUGAAUCGUCGAACCUAUCCAUCACUCAUUCAACAAAUUUGCUUCACUGAAAAGAGAGAGAGAGGUGUUUUGUAUGUUUACUUUUCUUCAUGUUUGUUUUUUUUUACAUGAAUGCCAAAUGAGUCUUUAUUUCAUA